GCAAGAGGGGCAAAUCCUGAGGAAAGUGGGGGGCAAACAACCCGUUUCCAUAGUAAUAAGUCCUGCCCUCCACUCUGCUGCAGGCUGAGAGAGGGGAGGCAGGAGGGAUUUUUUUUUUUGUCGGUUUUUGUUGGAAAGACAUCAGUCGGAGUUUACUGAGGAGUGCAGGUAACCAGCCAAAGUUUUCAACGCAGGGACGAACUGGAUUAACGCGUUGUAAAAAAAAAAAGAGGGAUUAUAAUCUGGAAAUGUCAACAGCAGACAUGGACGUGAGGAGAAACUCGGAGGUGAGUGGGCGGUUUGCAGACCAACAUGACAGCCAACAAGGGUUCGAAGGCUGUGGCCCGUGCAGGAGGGGGUAAAGCUCCGCGGGACGUCCCCGACAGGUGCCAGUCCACAUCUCCGGGUCCCGUUCUCUCUGUGAGUCAGGGGCAGAGUCAGCAGCUUCUCCUCAGCGAUAGUGAGACCUCUGGAAAGCAGAGUAGAUACGCCAGGACUGACGGCCGGUUCCUGGUCCGUGCUGGUUGGAGCAGCAAGACCUCCAGCCUGUGCAGCGGUGCGUCCCUCACGGGCGACACAAACUUCCAAGGCCGUCUCACCAAGUCAAAGAGCAUCAGCUGCCUGGACAACAGGCUCUCCAUCUAUAAGCCCCCCGCUCAAACCAAGACCUGUCAGGAGAGUCCAAAGGACAGACAGGGGGAUAUUUCUCCGGGGGAUGGACUGAAUGGUCGGCCCCUGAGUUGGAGCACGCUCUCACUGGGGCCUUCCUCUAACCAAAGUCACAAACGUUCUCUCUCUCUCACACGCUCGUUAGCAGGUGUUCCCCCUACCACGAUCCGCAAGAAGAUCUCAGAAUGGGAGUGCAGAAGGGUAGCUCUGCCUAGGAUGAGCUUGUGUCUGGAUAAAAGAGGAGGAGAGCGUGUCGGGGGCAGUGAAGGAUGCCCCAGCCUGCUCUCUUCACCCUGCAGUGAGAAAACGUUUGACUUUAAGGGAGUUCGCAGGAUGAGCACAGCUUUCUCUGAAUGUUCCUACACAGAGACGGAAGAGGAGGAAGGCGUUUCAGAAAAAGGUCGCUUCCAAAAAAGGAUAGCCAAGUCAGAGUCCUCAGGGACAUUUGUGCGUUCCCUCUCUACUCGGAAGGAGACUUCAGCAGUCCUCAACAGGAUACAAAAGAUAGAACAAGCUUUGAAGGAGAACCCUAGCCAGUCCCCUCCCCGUUUUCUGAAUAACUGCUAUGCACCAGAUAAGACAAGACAGAAGUCUUUUAUCAUAGGUGAUGACUUGGACAGCACUUGCGGCAGUAAGCGCAGCAGCAUUUGCUCGGUUGCCACUGAACCAGAUACAGCCUUGGUGCCUGAUAAGCUCUCCAAACUCAGGCAAAGGUUUAGUGUGAGCUCAGCCAGGUCUGAGAGCCCAGAACCCCCCAGUCAGCCAGUCAACCCCUUACCCAAACCCAAACGCACUUUUGAGUACGACGCCAAACGGGAUCAGAAGGGCCUGUUGUCAGCCAAUGGACUACCUCCAAACAGAGCCUCUGAGUCUCCCCCUCCUCUGCCAUCCACUCCUGCACCCUGCAUGACACGGACAAAGAGUGAAGGGAGCACCCCAGUGAAGAUCCAGGAAAAAGAGUCGUGUGCAUCAGAGGAUGCUACCAGUCUGCCAUCUUCAUAUCCGUCCUCUCCCACAGAGAAUGGCACUCUGACCGCAGACAAACGGAGUCGACCCAAUUCAAAAAGCACUUUAGAGGAGAAUGCCUAUGAGGACAUAGUAGAGAAGGAGAACCCGUAUGAGGACGUGGACCUGAAGCAGAGGAGUUUAGGUCGGAAGUCUUGUCUGUCUGAGAGCAGUAGAUCUUGGACCACCUUCGACAGAAAGCUGAACUGUCCACCUCAGUUACCAUCCAAACCCAGCAGCCAGUCACUCCGCCUCUCUGGUGCGAGUGAGAGGAAGAGCCACCGGAUGUCACAGUUGUCCAAACGCUACAGCCACGAUGAAAUGCUGCUUCUCACCCAGGUGGGUGUAUCGCCUUCACCAUGUGGCCUGCUGGAUGAUAGCCUCCGGAGCACCAGCGAUACCCUGGCCUCACACAGGCACUGGAGGAUCCCCAAGCUGGUCCAGAGGAUUAACUCUAUAUACUGCACUAAACGUGGGAAGAAGAGACUGAAGAAGCUGUCCAUGUCCAAUGUUGAGACUGCUUCUCUGAGGGAUGACAACAGUGAGAGUGAGAGCGACUCUGACGACAGGUUCAAAGCCCACACCCAGAGGUUGUUAAAACUGCAGUCCAUCCUCCGACGGGCGCCAAGCUACCGCACACUGGAGCUGCAGCUCAUCGAGUGGCAGGAGAGGGAACUCUUUGAGUAUUUUGUGGUUGUUUCUUUAAAAAAGAAACCCAGCAAAAACUCCUACUCCCCAGAGGUCACCUACCAGUUCCCUAAGUUAGAGAGGCCCACAAAGCAGAUGAAGGAGGCAGAGCAGAGGCUCAAAGCUAUUCCUCAGUUCUGUUUCCCAGAUGCAAAAGACUGGAGUCCUGUGUCCGAGUACUCCAGUGAGACCUUCUCCUUCAUGCUGACCGGAGAGGACGGCAGCAGGAGGUUUGGGUACUGCAGACGCCUGCUGCCGACUGGGAAAGGACCUCGCCUUCCAGAGGUGUACUGUGUCAUCAGCAGACUGGGCUGUUUUGACUUGUUCUCUACAAUCCUGGACGAGGUGGAGCGGCGACGAGGCGUCUCAGCAGCCCUAGUUUAUCCCUUCAUGAGGAGUCUGAUGGAGUCGCCCUUCCCUGCACCAGGGAAGAUUAUCAAAGUGAAGACCUUUCUGCCUGGAGCAGGAAAUGAGGUCAUCGAGCUGAGGCGACCCACGGACUCCAGACUGGAGCAUGUGGACUUUGACAGUCUUUUUAGCUGCCUCGGUGUACGGCAGGUGAUACGAGUCUUUGCCUCUCUGUUGCUGGAACGCAGAGUCAUCUUUGUGGCUGAUAAACUCAGUACCCUGUCCAGCUGCAUGCAUGCAGUGGUGGCACUGCUCUACCCUUUCUCCUGGCAACACACCUUCAUCCCCGUGCUACCUGCGUCCAUGUUGGAUAUCGUUUGCUGCCCCACACCCUUCCUGGUGGGGCUUCUGUCCAGCUCUCUGCCCAAACUCAAGGAGCUGCCUGUGGAAGAGGCUUUAAUGGUUGACCUAGGAACUGACAGAUUCAUCCGACAGAUGGACGAUGAGGCCUCCCUGUUACCACGGAAACUUCAGGCAGCCCUUGAACAAGCUUUGGAGCAGAGGAAUGACAUCAUCAAUCAGGACUCUGACAGCGAGUCAGACGAAGAGUAUAACUCAUUGAACAGCCUGGUGUCAGAGGCCUUCAUCCGCUUCUUCCUGGAAACAAUCGGCCAUUACUCGCUGUUAAUCACUCAGAAUGAGCGUGGAGAGCGUGUCUUCCAGAGAGAGGCCUUCCGUAAAUCUGUGGCCUCAAAAAGCAUCCGUCGUUUCCUGGGCGUCUUUAUGGAGUCACAGAUGUUUGCAGGGUUCAUUCAGGAUCGGGAGCUGAGGAAGACCAGGGCUAAAGGUUUGUUUGAGCAGAGGGUGGAUCAGUAUCUGGAGGAGCUGCCGGACACAGAGCAGAGUGGGGUCAACAAGUUUCUCAAAGGCCUUGGAAGUAAAAUGAAGUUCCUCCACAAAAAGAACUGAGUUGAAGUCCUGCAAUGCUACAGCAAACUGAAGACCUGAUGUCUCAUUUCUACAUGAUGUUGAUUCUCACUAUUUUGUCGUUGUAUUCAUGUAAACGUGUACAUAUUAUUUCACUGUAAGCUGGCUGUGAUACUCUUCAGUGUAUGUUUAUAGUGCCUUAUUAUGAGAUAUUGAUAGCAGGACGGUACACAGCAAGCGAGCCUCAGAGUAACCACUGAUGUCCAGGUGUGACUGUGAAGAGAGUUAUGUGAGUGUGUGUGAAGAGACAUGGGCAUAGAUGUACAGUUCAUAUGUUUUUUUUUUGUUGUUGCAUUAUUUCACCCCAAUGUUGUCCUCUGUUUAAGGAGUGUAUCCAAAAAACUUUACAUGCAUCAAGACGAUGGAGAGAAUGAUAGUAACUCUUCGUGGAGUCUUUUGCAAACUUUUAUUAAAAAAUGGUAGUUAAAAAAAUACAAAUGCCUGAGUGUUAAU